UCCACUUCACAUUGCCAACUUGGAGGACAAGUCUCUCAUUACGGUCGUUGUCGACUCGGCUCUGUUGGACCUUCCCGGCGACAAAUUCGUCGGAUUCCGCGCUGGCGCAGACGACCAGAGUGUGUUGAUCACCGUCACCGACCUGAGGGCGUUUUUUGACCGGUCCGGCGUCACAUACACAUCCGUUGACUUUGCGAGCCUCGCGACCGCCAAACCCGCCGCGGGAGCUGCCAAGCCUGUGAAGGCUGACAAGGCCUCGAAGCAGGUGUCGAAGCAGGAGAACACUUCGGACAGCAAGGAGGUCCUGAUUGGUCUGACGGUGAAGAAGGCUGAGGACUUUCCCACUUGGUACCAGCAGGUGCUGACGCGGACGGAGAUGUUGGACUACUACGAUAUCAGUGGAUGCUACAUUAUUCGUCCAUGGGCUUUUAAGAUCUGGAAGGCCAUUCAACGAUUCUUCGGCGACGCCAUCGAGGACCUUGGAGUCGAUGAUUGCUACUUUCCCAUGUUUGUGUCUUCAAAAGUAUUGGAACGCGAGAAGGACCACAUUGAGGGAUUCUCUCCCGAAGUCGCAUGGGUGACAAAAGCUGGACAAUCCGACCUCGCCGAGCCUGUUGCCAUCCGUCCCACUUCCGAGACCGUUAUGUACCCCUACUUUGCAUCCUGGAUCCGCAGUCACCGCGACCUCCCCCUCCGUCUCAACCAGUGGUGUAACGUCGUCCGAUGGGAGUUUAAGCACCCCCAGCCCUUCAUCCGCACCCGCGAGUUCCUCUGGCAAGAAGGCCACACCGCCUUUGCCACCAAGGAAGAGGCCGAUACGGAAGUCUUGCAGAUCCUCGACCUCUACCGCCAGGUCUACGAGGACUUCCUCGCCGUCCCCGUCGUCCCCGGCAAGAAAUCCGAGAGGGAGAAAUUCGCCGGUGGUCUGUACACCACCACCGUCGAAGGGUUUGUCCCCACCACCGGCCGCGCCAUCCAGGGCGGAACAUCCCACUGUCUGGGCCAGAACUUCUCCAAGAUGUUUGACAUCUUGAUCGAGAACGAGGCCAAGGAGCGCGUGCAUGUGUGGCAGAACUCGUGGGGAUUGUCCACCCGUACCAUCGGUGUUAUGGUCAUGAUCCAUGGUGAUGAUAAGGGGCUCGUCCUCCCUCCCCGUGUUGCUGCGGUGCAGGUCGUCAUUAUUCCCGUUGGGAUCACGGCAAAGACGUCCCAGGAAGACCGCAAGGCUCUGGCGGCCAAGGCUGACGAGCUUGUGAAGGACCUGCGGAAGGCGGGUAUCCGUGCCAAUAGCGACACGAGGGAAAACUACACUCCUGGAUGGAAGUACAACCAUUGGGAAUUGAAGGGUGUCCCUGUCCGCCUCGAAAUCGGCCCCAAAGACCUCGCCAAAAACUCCACCCGCGCCGUCAUCCGCCAUGACAGCUCCAGCCAAGACAUCCCUCUGGCAACCCUCACAUCAACCCUUUCCACCCUCCUCGAAACCAUCCAAGCCGCCAUGUUCACCAAAGCGCGCGCCGAACGCGACGCACACCUCAUCCGGCUCGAAACCUGGGACAAAUUCGUCGAAACCCUCAACAACCGCUGCAUCAUCCUCGUCCCCUGGUGCGAGCGCGAGGCAUGUGAGGAGAGCGUCAAGGAGCGUAGUGCACGCACGGCGGCCGAGCAGAGUGGGGAGGAUGAGGAUGAGAAGGCUCCCUCUAUGGGCGCCAAGACGCUGUGUAUUCCAUUCAAGCAGCCUGAGGAUGGAGUGAAGCAUGGCGUGACGAAGUGCUUUGCUUGUGAGGAGUUGGCGAAGAGUUAUACGUUGUUUGGAAGGAGUUACUGAGCGGAUUCGGGUUUCGAUUGACUGUCUCUUCCAUAAUGAUGGUUCUGUUCCCGGUUGAACACUCAAUUCCACUGGUCUUCCCUCCUAACAUCCUCCUUCACCGUAUCUAGUAUCCGGCAUUAUUACAUU